AUGGCUGUCUAUUCUAAGGACGAAGCCUUGAUGUGCAAAGUGUUCCCAUCUAGUUUGGGACUCGUGGCAAUGAGAUGGUUUGACAGCUUGAAGAUGGGUUUUAUAAAUUCCUUCAAGGAGCUCACUCGGGCGUUUGGCUCCCGUUUUAUCACAUGUACUAGGGUCCUUCGGCCCUUAAACUCCCUACUGUCUUUGUCCAUGCGAGAAGUGAAAACCUUGAAAGCAUACUCGGACAAGUACUGGGAGAUGUACAAUAAGAUAGAGGGUGACUUUGAAGAUGUCGCCAUCAGUACUUUCAAGAGCGGCCUCCCAGCCGAGCAUGGUUUAAGGAAGUCCUUAAUAGGAAAACCAAUCACCAGCCUGGGCCAACUUAUGGACCGUAUUGAUAAGUAUAAAAGGUUUGAGGAAGAUCAACAACUAGGUAAAGGAAAGGCUAAGGUUAUCCCUCAAGAGAGGAGGGAUUUCAGGUUGGACUGA